AUGAAAGAUUAUCAACUGGAACUGAUUGAGUUGGUAGAUAUGAUCUCCACUAUUGCAGAAAGUGAAGAUUCACAGGAAUCUGUGGACAGUGCCACUGACACCCAGAAACGAAGGGAAAUUCUUUCUAGGCGACCUUCCUACAGGUAUGAAUGUAAUAUUGUAAUGCCUGCAUUCAGUCGGUCAACACAUGAAAAAUUUGCUAGUUGUUCCAUCCUAUUAGAAUAUAGUAGCAGGAAAAUCUGGAGUAUGUAUCAUGACUGGGCAGCAAGUGUUAACCGUUAUUUGCUGUAUUAUUUCGAGCACACUGUUUUUGCUAUCACCCAGGGAGGGGCAAUCCAGUUGGCAAACAACGGCACGGAUGGAGUCCAAGGCCUGCAGACUCUAACGAUGACCAAUGCUGCUGCAACCCAGCCUGGUACCACCAUUUUACAGUAUGCGCAGACUACUGACGGACAGCAGAUUCUGGUACCCAGCAACCAAGUAGUGGUACAAGGGACUGGUGUUGCUGAUAUCCACCAUCAAUAUGGCAAUGCUGUGCAUGCAGUUGUCCCGAGUCUGAAUAUUUUCUCUUAUUUUGCCUAUAGGGAAGCAGCACGCGAGUGUCGCAGGAAGAAAAAAGAAUACGUCAAAUGUCUAGAAAACAGAGUAGCUGUCCUUGAAAACCAAAACAAGACAUUAAUUGAAGAAUUAAAAGCACUUAAGGACCUCUAUUGCCACAAAUCAGAUUAAUUUUAAUUCCCCGUUUUUUGUUUGUUAAUGGGGAAAAAAGACUGGUUUGGUAAUAGCCAAACAGACAAAACAAACUUUUUUAUUUUCUAAGCAUUUUUUUUUCUUUUUCUUUUUUUUUCUACAUACACAACUGUCUGAAAAGCAACUAAGGAAUUUGAUUCAUCUGUGCUUGGCAUUAAACUGUGAAUGUUGCACAUCUGCCUUCAGUUCUUCCCCUCCUGAAAUCAAUUUCAUCACAGUACACCCUGGUUCUGAAGAGAAAAAAAAAAAAUCAAACUUCCUCUUCAAGAAAUAAUAAUCUUCAUUUGUGAAGUUGCAAGAGUUGGAAGUUUCUUAACAAUAAUUUUCAAGAGUCAGCAUAAUGUCAUCUGAAUGCCUUCUUAGUGUUACCCUGGACUUUUGCCCUGAAAUACUCAGUGGGCCACGUAUAUAACCAAGGUAUGAUGUACUGAGGUGGUUGUGGUGGCCAAGUUAUUGCAUAAUUUCCAAUAUAUGUUAGCAGCAGUACAGUUAACAUCUAUAUGGUGGGAUAAUGCCAAAGGAGGUGCGUUUCAGGUAUACUAAACAUAGAGGAAUAGGAGUAAGCUGAAGAAAUUAAGCAAGAGGCAAGAGGGACAAUUAUGAACCCAAUCCAAUUUUUGUACAACAACAAAAAAAAACCCCACUUAUUUUCUAUAAUGUUUUAAUAAACUUAAUGUAACCAGAUUUCUGAAUUGAAAUGACAACUCUCGCUUUAAGCUUGGUUGGGAUGUGAACUGGUAGGAAGCAAUAGAGAAGUAUAUGUUUAAGAUGGGAACAUCAUAGUACAUUCGCUACUGUUCCCUUUUUCUGUACCCAAAAGCGAGAUUAUCCAAGGCAACGAUUAGAAGCAUAGUUAGCCUAAUGCACGCUUUGGGAAAAGAAACCUUACGGCUGUCCUAAUUGUAUCAUGCAAGUAAUAAUUUUGAAACUUUGCCUCUCGAAAUGUUUGACUUUUCUGUUUUGCUUAAAACCUCCUUUGACAUAUCUUUAAAAAGAGGUAAAUACAUUCUCUGUUGCAUCAUCUGCAUGUAUAGUGUGGAUAUGAUAAAGAUUUU